UCGACGCGGGGUCAACCCCGCCCAGGAGGCCACGCCCCUUCGAUGUGACGGCGGCGGCGGGUGGCGCGGCGCGGGAAGCGGAAGGGGCGCCGGGACGGGACGGAGGGGAGCGGGGGGCUCACGCCGCUGCACCCGCAGGAUGUGCGCGGGCUCGGCGCUGCGGCAGGAGUGCGGGCAGCUGUACCGGCAGCAGUACCGGCAGCAGUACCGGCGCUGCCUUGAGCGGGCGCUGCGGCAGGGCCAGGCCGGGGCCUGCUCCGACGCGUCGCUCGGCGAGCGGCUGCGGCGGGAGCCGGCGCUGCUGGCGGCCCUGCAGGAGGACGCCCCCGCCGUGCUGGCCGGCGCGCUGCGGGGCCGCGGGGACCCGGGGCCGGCGCUGCGGGGGCUGGCCCGCGCCUUCGCCCUGCUGGAGCUGGCGGCCGCCAACCUCUACCUCUUCCCCUGGCGCAGGGAGUUCGGCGCCGUCCAGACCUUCUCCGGCGCCUACGUGCACCUGCUGCGCCCGGCGCUCCCUGAAGCCGACUUGGUGCGGAGCUUUGCCCGGCUGGGCUACCGACGCGACGGCCACCGCCUGGUCCUCUCCCGGCUGCCCCCCGCACCCGAGCUGCUCGCGGCCGCCUGCGGCUUCUUCGCCUGCCGGUUGGAGUGCGAGAUCCUGGCGGAGGUGGUGCUGCGGCUGCAGCCGCGCCGGCUGCGCGCUGAGGAGCUGCUGGAAGCACGGCGGCUGGCGGGGGACCUGGAGGCCUGCGUGGAGAUGCUGCAGCAGCUGGGGACCCAGUCCCAGGCGGCUGCCAACUGCAGUGACGGUGUGGAUCUCUACCGGGAGAUGCCGGCCAGCUCCGAGGACUCGGAGGGAGAGGAUGCAGCCCCCCCAGUGCUGUGGAGGGACCUUGGCAACCCACGAGGCGCUGGGGACGUACCUGGGAGGGGCUGGGACCGCUGCGGAGAUGGUGAGCUUGGGCAGGAGCCAGUGUCCUCCGCAAGCAACCCGGACCCGGACGCCUCCUCUCACCUCUACCUGGACCAGGAGCUCAGCAGGGCUGGCAGCCCGCUCUCUGCCCUAGCCAUGGGGAGCCAAGAACCCCAGACACCAGGGGAGCCCCAGGAUUUGCCGCCUGCCACCCCCCAGGAAGCCCCUGAGCUGCCCUGCUACCAGCUGCACUCCUGCCUGCGCCAGGGCGCGCUGCCCUCCUACUGCUGCACGACCUGCCAGCAGCUGCACACUGGUGCCUGCGCGGCUGGGCAGGCUUGCCGCACCCGCCACCACGGGCAGGAGCUGCGCAGCAAGAGGCAGCAGCGGCUCUGGCUGCAGCGGACAGAGGUGGACAUGCUGCUGGCAGAAGGCUCCAGGCCCUGGUCCUAGCACCCUGGGGUGCUGGCUGUUCCCAUCCCUCCCCACCUGGGAGGGGAUGGGGACAACCACCGCUCGGCCCAAGAGACACCAGACUUGCUGUGCCGGGGGGCAGCGGUGCCUGUGCCACGCUCUGCUUUGGCCCUGGGGCGGUAGGAGCCUGUCUGGCCCCUGCUCCAGCCCUGGCGCUCCUGCUGUAAACGGCUCAGUACAUCUCAGUAAAGCAUGGCUGCCUCGCA